CUUUCAGACCUUAAGAUGUGGACCUGGCACCUCAGAGAGAGACAGAGAGAGAGAGAGACACAGUAUCAGUGGAAGCUUCAAGGAGCCUAAAUGGCCAACGUGUCUGGGCCUCUGACUCAUCUGCAGCUGCAGGUCAUGCGGCUGGCCACCACAGAGGAGCGUAUCUUCAAGAUGUUCCUGGUGCUGGGGAUCCACGUGGUCUUUAUCUACAUCAACUUGGCCAUGCUGUUCACCCUGUGGAGCAAACCCUCAUUCCGCCACACCGCCCGCUACAUCCUGUUUGCCCACAUGCUGUUCAACGACACCAUCCACCUGGCCAUCGCCCUGACUCUCUACAUGCUGGGGAACUUAUAUCUGUUUGUGGUCCGCGUUGCCUGCGCCUUCAUGGUGCUGCUGUCUUCCUGCACUUUCGUCAAUGCCCCCCUCAACCUGGCUGUUAUGUCCCUGGAGAGGUACACAGCCGUCUGCUUCCCGCUGCGGCACAGUGAGCUGGCCACGCCCGGGAGAACCCAGCUGGCUGUGGGGCUGGUGUGGGCGCUGGGCGUCAUCAACGUGCUAAUUGAUGUGUGUGCUCUCUUCCUCAAAGAGCCGUCCUUCUUCUUGUCACCUGCGCUGUGUACCGUCGAGCAUCUGCAGACAGCUGGGUGGCAGCGGGAGAAGGGAGUGGCCCUGAAUACACUGCUGUUUGUGACAGUAACAGCUGUGCUGGUUUACACCUACGUGGCCAUCAUGCUGGAGGCCCGGUCCGCCUCAUCCUCUGAACCUGGGUCGGCACAAAGAGCCAUGCGUACCAUACUGCUGCACGCGCUCCAGUUGGGCCUGUCCAUCAUGUCCUUCAUGUAUGUGGUGCUGGAGUCCCUGCUGGCCAAACUGCCCCCAGCCAUCUACACACAGAUGCGCUUUAUCAACUUCAUGGUAGUGCUGAUCCUGCCGCGCUGCCUGAGCUCCCUCAUCUAUGGCCUGAGGGACAAGGCCUUCAGAUCAGCCUUCAGACAACACUUAAUCUGCUGCUCUGUUAGGAGGGUGGAGCCCCAACACAGAUCCACUAAACACUAACAUAUAGGAACACACACUUUUAUAUUUAAUUUGUUUUGAACCAGCAUGAACCAAUGAGGCCUAGAUUCAAUCCGGACUGAGGAAGAUCAGCGUUAUAGCACGCUUGACAUUUAAAGGUCAUUUCCGGUUGAUCUUACAUAUGCAGCAUUUACCGUGAAUGCAAACUCAGAGAACGCAUUUAACAUUGCCUUUAAAUGUAAAUUGCGCUAUAACGUGGAUUUUCCGCGGUCCGGAUUCUCUGUAAAAUAUAUAUGUUAAGGGAUUGUGUGAAUUUGCGUGUUUUCUUGUACAAACACCACUAUUGUUUUUAAAUUUCCUUUUAAUAAAAACCAACCAUGCAUUUUGUGUUUCUCCUUCACAUCAUGACUGCUGAGCAAGCUAAAUCAUAGGGGUAUACUUUUUUAUUUCCACAGAAUGGACACAACAAUGUCAACCUUUAUUGCCCCCCAAUAAUAUGAAUAAA